AUGGAUCGCUAUGGCCAAGGUGGCGGUGGUGGAGGAGGAGGUGGAUACAAUAAUUUUUCAGUACCUCCACCUAAUUACCAAAUGGGUUCCGAGAGCGGCGGUGGUGGUGGACCGUAUAGUAAACCUCCACCGUCAUACAACAAACCAGGAGGUUAUGAUUCCGGCAAUCGUGGAGGAGGUGGUGGUGGCGGAGGCGGUGGUGGAUGGCAAGAUCGAAGUGGUGGUGGCGGCGGCGGCUAUGGAAACGGAGGCGGCAGCAAGGACAACUACAACAAAGGUGGCGGUGGCGGAGGCGGAGGAUAUGGUAGUGGUGGCGGUGGUGAUAUGGUUACACAGGAAGAUACCAUAUUUGUUUCUGGCAUGAAUCCCGAAGCUACCGAAUUAGAUAUUGAGACUCACUUUGGAGCUAUUGGCAUAAUUAAGAAAGACAAACGUACCUCAAAGCCAAAGAUAUGGUUGUAUCGCAAUAAGGAAACCGGGGUUUCCAAAGGAGAAGCCACAGUGACAUAUGAUGACAUUAAUGCUGCGCAAUCAGCAAUCGCUUGGUUUGAUGGACAUGAUUUUAAUGGUUUCACUAUCAAGGUUUCGUUGGCUCAGCGUCAAAACAAUUGGAAUAAGGGAGGCGGUGGGCGAGGUGGCGGCGGCGGUGGAGGUCGUGGACGAGGAGGAGGAGGUGGCGGCGGAGGUUUUGGUGGUGGCGAUCGUGAUCGCGGUGGCAGCCGUUUUGAUCGAGGAGGAGGCGGCGGCGGUGGUGGUGGCGGUGGCGGUUCAGAUUAUGACUCUGGCCGUGGCGGCGGUGAUCGUGGUGGAGAUCGUGGGGGCCGUCCAAGAAUGGGAGGUCCAGGCGGUGGCGGUGGAGGCGGCGGAAAUAAUAACGUAGCUCCACGCGAAGGUGAUUGGCGGUGUAGCAGUUGUAACAAUACUAACUUUGCGUGGCGUAAUGAAUGUAACCGUUGCAAAACACCCAAAGGCGACGAAGAUGGUGGCAGUGGAGGCGGCGGCGGCGGAGGUCGUGGCGGCGGUGGCUACGGUGGUGGUGGUGGCGGAGGCGGCGGCGGUUACAACAGAGACAGCCGAGGAGGUGGUGGAGGAGGAGGUUAUGGCGGCGGUGGCGGCGGCGGUAACCGUUUCGGCGGUGGAGGUCGCGGUGGUGGUCCCGGAGGUGAUCGCGGUGGACGUCGAGAUUUUGGUGGCAACAGUGGCGGCGGUGGCCCUAUGCGCGGCAACAGUCCCAGUGGAAAUCGCUCACGACCGUACUAAUAAGAAUUCACAGCCAAAUUUUAGUUUGGAUCUAAGUUAUUAAAAAAAAAACACACACACACACAAAAGAAAAAUGUGUCGUCAUUUAACGCAAUUCUUUAUUCUAAGAUUAUUUUUUUUUAUUGUGUCUCCUUUGUUCUACAUGACAAUGUAAACAAGAAAUCCUACCUUAAUUCUUUUUGACAUGUAUAUUACAGUGUACAUUCGUUCCGAUUUUACCAAGUUUAUAUGUGGUGACCUAUUACCUCCUUGAACAUGUGACAAAACCUAAUUUUUUGUAUAAGUUAUGAUCAAGAAUGAGUAAAUAAAUAUAUUGUAAAACCAAAAA